GCAUUGGUGUGCGUGUAUAAACACCAAAAUAUUAACAACUUCGCAAACGCUGAUUGGUGGACACGGUGUGCACCUGCUACACUCCCGAUUUUUUGAGUGCUACACUAUCAUGCGCGGUGCAGAAAAAGUGCUGCACCGGUGUAGCACGAAAAUCAAAAACGAACACUUUCGGUGCAAAAGUGCUACACCGGUGUAGCACCACCGCAAAAACGAAAACGACACUAGUAACGUAACGCAUUUGAUAAAAAAAAACUGUCAAAUUUGUUUACAUCAAAUUUUCAUCCAACCUGGGAAAAUUUCCUCAAUUUUCUCGACUUUUUCGUGAAAUUCUUGCACGAAAAUGGAUUUAAAUCAAUCAGAACCACAAGAUUUAAGCCCAACGGCCGUUCAAUCAAACACCCUUCCCGGAGCGGAUCCAUCGCCAGUGGAAGUGAUUGUCUGCGAGGGGGAUGCACUCCCGGAACAGCCGGCGGAGAUGGUCCGACGUGAGUGGAAAGAAAUCACGGCGGAGUUUUUCGGCUGCGUCAAGGAACUACAGCUGGGCGAGCUGAUCCAUGACAACAUGUUCGGACUGUUCGAUGCCAUGUCCGCAAUCGAGAUGAUGGACCCGAAGAUGGAUGCUGGCAUGUGCUGCAACAAGGAGGCCACUCCGUUGAACUUUCAGACCGCUGUGGAGAGUGGCAAAAUGAAACUAGUUAAUCUAGAGAGCCGAGAGUUAAUAGGAAUCAUCGAUGCGACCUAUUCCUGUAUGGUAUCGUGGCUGGAGGGCCACUCGAUGGCACAAACGGUUUUGACCUGUUUGUAUCUGCACCAACCGGAUAAGAUUGAGGAUAAGGCGAUGAAGUCGUUUGCUGUGGCAAUCUACAAGAUAAUCAAUUUGAUUCGGAGUUUUAUCCUUCGGGCCAGAGUCUACGAGGAAGAGGAUUUCCAGCCGAGCAACUACGGGUAUGAUAUGUACAUGGACUUGACCGAAACAAAGGCAUGCAAUAUGCUGAAAAGUGCCGAAGAAGACUGGGUGAAGAAAGCUAAGGAUCUUGACGGAGUAAAAGAGAAGGACGAGAUAAACGCAUUGGUCAGCCGGCUGAAAUUCACCAGAUUAUUCCUGCAGUGUUUGGUGGCUUUGUACCCCUCGAAGGUAUCGAAUGUGGUAACUAAUGUUUCUCCCUCGAAAACGGAGAUGAUUGACAUCGUGAAAACGCUCAACGGAGCACUCGAACUGACUCAAGUGAUGGAGAAAACUAUUGAAUUUGGAACGCAGCCGGAUGUCGAUGCAGACACUCCCAAUACUAUGGGAUUUUCGAUGAUGGUCAACCAGCGGUUAUUACCGCCAACGUUUCCUCGGUAUACAAAAAUCAAAGAACGCUCAACGUGCAUCCAGUAUCUGUCCGAACUGAUUCAACGGCUGAAGCAUGCAUGCAAAAUCGUGCAUUGUACCAACUAUCACAGCGCAUUGAAUUUCUUCAUGGAUUUCAGCAAAAAGUUUGGCCCAUGUCUAUUAUCUAGGAGCAUUUUACAAACGCUGUAUCUGCCAUCCCACGAUACCGUAUUUGGGACGAAAAAGCUUACCGAAGUGUUGAAGGAAUCGGCGAAAACAUUCAUAGCUCCUCCUGUACUGCUCUCGGACAAUCCAUUGUCUUCCAAUCCAGCGGCAAUCAACUGUGUAGAUUCCUUCUUCGCUUAUAACGAACACACGUUCAGUGUUCUCUUCGAAAUCUGCGGCUACAAUCGGGCCCGACAGCGUGACAAGCUCGGAAUCAUGCUGUCCAACUUUGCCAAUCUUCAGGACGAAGCCGAACGGGUCGAUGCCUACCUGCAUUCGCUGUCGAUGAAGCACGAAAAUCCCCGCCAGCAUUUGGCCUGCUUUGGAACGUGGGUCCUCUAUCACUGCCUGCGUGCAAUGUCCUUCUUUCUGCUCUCGGGUCUUGAGCUGGAACUCUACUCGGUGCAUGAAUAUCUGUACAUUUUCUGGUAUUUGUACCAGUUUCUGUUCGGCUGGAUCGUGUCCGCGCUGACCCGAGCCGAUACAUCUCUGGUGGAACAGGAUUAUGCGGCGGACGCCAAAGGCCCCAAAGGUAGCCAAAAGAAACCAAAGGUGAAGAAACGCAAAGGCAAAUCCGACGGCAAGGAAAUCAUCUUCAAUCAGGCGAUGCAAAACAUGUGCGGAGGCUACUACAAGGCCCUCGGGGGGUUCAUUGGGGAGGAUCGCAUCCCCGAACCACUGCCAAUGUUCGACAACGAGAAGGUCCGAUUCGAACACCGUUUCGCGCCUUUUGCCACACUUUCGACCCCGCCCCCCAUGGCCUACUCGGAUUUCAAGCUGAUGAAGACGUACUUGCUCAAGUCGCCGGCGGAUGAGCUCUAUGCUGCGGCGGCCAAGCACUUCCACGAAGCUCGGGUUCUGCUGGAAUCAUAUCCAAAUCCGGAUGAAGAGUGGCACGAGAUCGUCAAGGUUGCCAAGAUGAACUUCGUAAUGAUGAACCUGCUGGCCAGUGGAUUGAACCGGCAGUCCAAGACGCCACCGGAAUUUGACUUUUCGUGUCAUCGGUUCUUCCCCAUCAUCAAACAACGCAAGUGAGAGGAGUUUCUUUCACGUGAAACGGAAUCUUCUGGUCGGAUGGACGAUAUCAAAGUCAACUUAACAGUGGUAAUCCAAUUGUGCAUGUAAUGUCGGUGUGAAAGUAGUUUAGAAAGCGUACCAAUUUCGGAAAUCUGCUAAGGGAUGUCAAAUAAAAUGUGUGUCCAAACCAUA